AUGUCCUAUACGCCCUCUGGUUUCUUUUGCGACCGGUUAAUCCGGGAGAGAGAGAGAAGGGAUGGAGAAGGAUCAUUGAGCAAACCCAUCCGCUUCAGCGGUCAGGACUACAACACUCUCAGGCAGGAGUAUGUCCAGAAGAAGACCCUUUUCGAGGAUGAUACCUUCCCCGCCACCGUGGACUCCCUUGGCUACAAAGAGCUGGGCCACAAAUCCAACAAAGUUAAGAACAUCAUCUGGAAGCGGCCCAAGGAGAUAUGUGAAAACCCACAGUUCAUUGUCGGAGGUGCUAGCAGGACAGAUAUCUGCCAGGGAGACCUGGGUGACUGCUGGUUGCUUGCUGCUAUUGCGUGCCUGACUCUAAAUGAGAAGCUGCUGUAUCGUGUUAUUCCUCAAGAGCAGAACUUCUCUGAUGGCUAUGCUGGAAUUUUCCAUUUCCAAUUCUGGCGUUAUGGAGAUUGGGUGGAUGUUGUCGUUGAUGACCGCAUUCCCACCUUUAACAACCAGCUGGUGUUCACCAAGUCUGCUGAGAGGAAUGAAUUCUGGAGCGCUCUCCUGGAAAAAGCUUAUGCCAAGCUUCAUGGUUCCUACGAGGCUCUUAAGGGUGGGAACACUGCUGAGGGAAUGGAGGACUUUACUGGAGGGGUCACUGAAUUCUUUGAGAUGAAGGAAGCUCCCAAAGAGCUGUAUAAGAUCAUGAUGAAAGCUCUGGAGAGAGGAUCCCUCAUGGGCUGCUCCAUUGAUUCCCUGGUUCCAGCCCGCUUUGAAACUCGUACUGCAACAGGUCUUGUGAAAGGACAUGCCUACUCUGUGACAGCUGUACAGGAGUGUAAAAAUUCCCAGCAGAAAGAAUCUAAAGUACGUCUUGUGCGUCUGCGGAACCCCUGGGGUCAAGUGGAAUGGAAUGGACCUUGGAGUGAUAAUUCAAAAGAAUGGGAAACCAUCCCUAAAGCUGAAAAGGAGAAACUCCAGCUAGAGAAUGCAGAAGAUGGAGAAUUCUGGAUGUCAUUUGAGGACUUCAAGAAAAAUUACACCAAGAUUGAGAUUUGCAACCUGACCCCUGAUGCUCUGGAAGACGAUAAGUUACACAAGUGGACGGUGUCUGUUAAUGAGGCACGCUGGGUGAGAGGCUGCUCUGCUGGAGGCUGCAGGAAUUAUCCAGACACAUUCUGGACAAACCCACAAUACCGCCUGCGUCUCCUGGAGGAAGAUGACGACCCAGAGGAUGAUGAAGUGGCCUGCACUUUUGUUGUUGCUCUGAUGCAGAAAAACAGACGUAAAGAUCGCAAGUUGGGUGCAAAUCUCUUCACUAUUGGAUUUUCCAUCUAUGAGGUGCCAAAGGAGAUGCAUGGAAACAAGCAGCACUUGCAGAAGGAGUUCUUUAUGUCUAACUCCUCUAAGGCUCGAUCCAGGGCCUACAUUAACCUGCGAGAGGUGACCCAGCGUUUCCGUCUGAGUCCUGGCGAGUAUGUCAUCCUUCCUUCCACCUAUGAACCCCACCAGGAGGGCGAGUUCAUCCUCCGCAUCUUCUCUGAAAAGAGAAACACAUCUCAGGAGAUAGAGAACAGGAUUGAGGCUGAUCAUCCAAUCCCGGCUCCAGCUUCCACUGGAGAAGAGAGCGAGGAGGACCAGCAGUUCCUGUCCAUUUUCCAGCAGAUCGCGGGGGACGAAAUGGAGAUCUCGGCCAGUGAGCUCAGAGAUGUCUUGAAUAAGGUGGUGUCUAAAUACAAGGACAUUCCCAAUGAGGGCUUCAGUCGAGAGAACUGUAGAAGUAUGAUUGCCCUAAUGGACAUGGAUGGAACAGGCAGACUUAACCUUCAAGAGUUCAGACACUUGUGGAACAAAAUCAAACAGUGGCAGGAAAUCUUUAAGCGCUAUGACUUUGAUCAUACUAACACAAUCAGUAGCUAUGAGAUGAGGAAUGCCAUCAACGAUGCAGGGUUCCGUCUGAAUAACCAGCUGUAUGACAUCAUCACCUUGCGCUAUGCCAAUGAAACUAUGAACGUCGACUACGACAGUUUCAUCAGCUGUCUUGUGCGACUGGAGGGGAUGUUCAGAGCAUUCCAGGCCUUUGAUCAAGUUGGAGAUGGAACCAUCAGACUCAAUGUACUGGAGUGGCUCCAGCUAACCAUGUACGCAUAGACCAGCUUCGGAUCCAGGUGAGCCCGACCUCUGCAAGGACCAGAACUACCAGCUCUUACCUCAACACUCAAUGUGCCAGACAACUGUUAUCUUUCUCUGUACCUCAGCCCACAUUCACCACCAGCUCUAUACAACACAACUAUCUCAAACCUUAAACAUGAUUACUCCAUUUAAAAUUGGUUGGGGAUUGCAAGAUGGGUGAAACCAACACGGCUGAUUGCAAGACCGAAUCACUUUUUGAAGUCAGGUUGUGGAGGAAAAAUAUUCAGGGUUGUUGUACACAAGGUUCAUGAUUUUCAGCAUGCUUUCCAGUAUCCUGUCUUAAUUUGUUCCUCAUAUUCUAUCAUUCCUUUUAAAAUGGACAUUCAA